UGUGCGUGUGAUGCUUGUCUGACCGCGGCGCAGCGAUGUUCGGCGGCAGCGGCGGCGUGGGCGCGGGCUACAACGGCGGCGGCGGCGAGUGCGCCGAGGGCUACGGGCUGGGCUACGUGGCGGGCGGCGGCCGCCUGCAGCAGUACGCCGCGCACUUCGCGCCGCACCAGAACGUCUGGCACCACCACCACCCGCCGCACCACGACUCCUACGCAGGCGGCGGCGGGGUGAGCGGCGUGGGCGGGGUGGCGGGGGGGCUGUACUCGCAGAACAUGGUGAUGGGCUCGUGGUGCGCGCCCUACGAUGCGCUGCAGCGACCCACCGCAUACGAUGGCGUGCUGGAGAUGUACGAGGAGGGGCGCGAGUGCGUGAACUGCGGCGCCAACAACACGCCGCUGUGGCGCCGCGACGCCACGGGCCACUACCUGUGCAACGCGUGCGGCCUGUACCACAAGAUCAACGGCGUGAACCGCCCGCUCGUCAAGCCGAGCAAGCGGCUGUCGGCGGCGCGGCGCCACGGCCAGUGCUGCACCAACUGCGGCUCGCGCAACACCACGCUGUGGCGACGCAACAACGACGGCGAGCCCGUGUGCAACGCCUGCGGCCUCUACUACAAGCUGCACGGCAUCAACCGACCGCUAGCCAUGAGGAAAGAUGGUAUCCAGACGCGAAAACGCAAACCGAAGAAGUCUGGCAACGGAACAAAACCGGCACAAGACGCCAACAAGAAAGAUGAACACAGCUCCCCUGGCAUGGACGACAGCAAACAGAGCAUCCCGGAGACAGCGCUGCCCCUGGCGCAGUCGCUGGGCGGGCAGGGCAAGGCGCGCGAGGCGGCGGGCGCGGAGGCGGCGCAGGCGCAGCAGCACGGCGCGCAGUACCCGCUGGCGCUGGGCGGCGCGCCCUUCCUGUCCAACCCCGCGCUCUUCAACAUCAAGAGCGAGCCCAGCAACGCGCCCGCCUACGACGCCUACCCCGCGCACUCCGCGCCGCACUACCACUCGCAGCAGCAUUACCUGCACGCGCUACAGUACGGGCUGGGCAACGGCGAAGAGGAGGAGGGCAGCGGGUUCCUGCACCAGCGCAACGUGACUGCGCAUGCCAAGCUCAUGGCGUCCACGUAGCAGCCCCCCCCCCACGCUGUGACGUCACGCGACACUGUGCCCGCACGCACUGAACGUACAAAGGACUAAGUGACAAGUUGUGAGCGAGCUCGCGGGUGCACUCCCUCAGCUCGCCGCCACUCACCAGUGCACGAGUUCACGAUUCACGACUAUUCAAUUGAUCUUAUGAGUUAGGUACGCUCCUCGAGCUGCACAGCUUCGAGACAAUGCGUAUCUGUUGAUACAUCAAUACUAAUAGCAGUUCACACUUCCAUUAAACGGAUAGAUAUCGACAAACUCUAGAAUGUUUUGUGUUCCGAUAUAAAUGUACAUAUUUAGCUGUAAUUAUUUUAGUUAAUGUUGUAUGAUAUAGUUGUAUGAGAGAGGUAGCGAUGCGUCGUAGGCUGUACCUAGUUAGUUAGUCACUUUGACACCUUGCCAUAUUGACUGACGCAAUGGUAACGAAGUAUUAAUUUAAUUGUUUUAACGUUCCAUGACCAUUGUAAUCUCAAAAACUAGUCUAAUGAGUCUCAAGUAGUAUGUCUCAAGAGUUGACGAUAUAAUAUUAUGGAAUUAGAAACUUUUAAGAUAGCUUUCAGACGUGCAAUCCGUCCAGUGGGCGGAGAACAAUAAAUCCUUAUAUUCUUCUGUGUUGGAAAUGCUCCUCGCUGCGCCGCACUGCGCUCGUCUGACAGCGAUCUUAAUCUGGACCGUGUAAAUAGCGCCACGUAGCCUGUAGUUAGUCAAUUAAGUUAAACAGUAUUCAAAUAAUGCCACCUAAACAAUAAAAACCAGUUGUUCCACUGCUUGUACAGGCUGCACAAAGCAGAUGAUCCUCAUCUCUGAGUGAUCUGUAGAGGCAAGCAACUUUAUCUUGUUAUCUCAUUGCAUAUUGAGGCAAAUAUAAUAAUUUAUGGCUAGGUACCGAAUUAAAUUCUCUUUACAACUCCACUUGUGUUCUAAACAUAUUCUAUAUACUGUAAUAUAAAUAUGUACUCCACAAAUUUUAAAACAGGACACAGUUUCUGCUCUGUUUACUGAAAAACAAUAAAUGUGUUUUGGUAGUGCUUGUUAUGAGUGAAUCAUGCGGGCUAACCUGCCCCACAAUAAUGUUAAUGUAGUUUAAUUAGUUUGAAUAAAUGGCAUUUAUUAUACUUCUUGUACAUACUAGUUAGAAAUGAAAUAUAAAAAUUUACUCUUAAUACUGUUUAUUUCAUAUGGUCCAGCACAAACUAUCACUGUAGGUAAGUAUUGGAUUACAGAAAUUAAUUGAGACUUAUUAUCAAAACAUAAGUUCUUAUUGUGUUGGUAAAAAGCCUCAAUCAUAAAUAUCAACUAGAAAUAUAUGUACAAAGUGAAGUCUGUUGUAUUAUAAAUUUAUGUGUAAUGAAAUAUAUAAGUGAGCGCACAA